AUGCGGGACGCGUUGAGGUGGCGCAGUUGCUUUCCGGGGCCGUUUUCCAGGGGCGCGAGGUGCGCGUCACGCCGCUCACGGACGCAGCGGGGCAGGGGGGGCGGCGGCCCCGGGGUUGAGCGCCACUGGCGUGGGUGCCAAGAGGAAGUCGAAUGCCUUGCGCCGCGCAGUGGAAGUCGCAGAGAAGCUUCAGAAACACACGGCGAUAUCCAACUGCCGCGACCUCCUUGGCGGACUGUGCCAACAGAUCAGGGACGCAGACUAUGCUCUGGCCACGGCCACGGCCACGGCCACGAUGCAGGCCCAAAACCCUUUCGAGGGCAGCAGGGCCGUUGGUGGUGCGGGAGCAACGACAGAGCAGUGGGACUACACACCCUCUCAGCCGCAGUGGGGGAGGAAACCGGAAGAGUGAGUCGCCUCCUUUUCGGGCCCUGCCAUGAGCUCUCCUCGUUGCCGGCUUUGCAUAAGAUGCUUUCCUUGCAACGACCGUGCAUUAAUUUCUUGGAGCGCAGCUAG